AUGCAUUAUUAUCCAUCAAAAUCGGGAAAACGGGUACGGUACGAUAACCAGAAUCCAGAGAGCACGGAUUCCCAAAGCACGGAAUCCACGAAUGCAAGUGCACAAAACUCCGACAUUAAAUCUCAAUACAGUCGUGCACCAGAAAAGAACGAUUUUGAGGUUAAAUUGGAUGUCAAGUUUUACAGUGAAGAUGCGUUCUACGGAAUGGUACAACUUAAGGAUAAACAUCUGGAUAUUUGA